AUGUUGCGAAAGGCUCUCUCAUCUUCUUCUGUGCAUCAACAACACAAUUCUCUGUGGCUGUCGCUCGCCAUUAAAAACAAGGGCGUUUUUUCAUCAUCAACAUGCUACCAUACAUCAGCACAAAAUAGUGAAGCUUUGGCUAAACAUCAUAUUAAUACUCACGUCAUUAAACCAAACAAGUAUAAAUUCCCACUCAUCAAUCCAGAACAAAUUAACAAAUUAGCCUUGGAAAAAGCUCUCUCUAAAAAUGUUGCUUCCGGUACUAGAGUUGUUAUGGAUGCAUCCAAAGCAGCCGUCCCUAAAUUUGAAAUACAACCAGAAGCUAUGGUAAAGAAUUUGAAAACUGGAGAAUUUACCGAAAUGAUUAAUCUUCAUCCAUACUUUUUCAAUUGUACACCAAGAAAGGACAUUUUAUAUUUAAUGGUUAAAUGGCAAUUAGCUAAGAGAAGACAAGGUACACACAAAACUAAAUAUCGUCUUGAAACUGCUUAUUGCAAGCAGAAGCAAACACCACAAAAGGGUAGAGGUGCUGCCAGACACUCUGAUAGAGGUGCUCCACAAUAUAGAGGAGGUGGUCACGCUAUGGCUCUUCGUCCACGCUCUUAUGAGUACAAUCUCAACAAGAAAAUCAGAAGACUUGCUCUCCGUAUGGCUUUAACAACAAAAUACCAACAAGGAAAAUUGAUUAUCGUUGAUGAUUUCUCAAUUGAUACUUUCAAGACCAAAUAUGUUGCUGGUCUUAUUUCCAACACUGUUUUCCCAGAUAGUGAAACUCAUGAAAAGGAAAUUAAGGAUAGAGGUGUCUUGUUAAUUGAUGGUGAACAAGUUAAUGCAAACUUUGAAAGAGGUGUAUUCAACUUGCAUUAUGCUGAUUACCUCAGUAUUGAUGGAUUGAAUGUUUAUGACAUGCUCAGAAGAGAAAAGGUUGUCAUUUCAAAGAGUGGUUUGGAAACUCUUACCAAGAAGUAUGCCAAGUAUAUCAAACUUGAAUUUUAUUAAAUUGGAAUUUUUAUUUUGAAAAUGUUAAAAUAAUUAAAUUAAUUUUAAAUUAAUUCAA